AUGUUGCUCCUACGCUCCCAGCUGUACGCCUGGCUGAUUUGGACACUUGUUACCUCGCUCGCACUCGCGUAUGCGCCUCUCAGCGACGAAACCUUGAGGGACCGCAUCCCACGGCCGAAGACGAGCGACUUCGAUAUACACACCGGCUCUAUCCUCGCACCAAUCCUCAUCCCUCGAGUUCCGGGAACAGAAGGUUCAGCGAAAGUCCUCAAGCACUUCGUCGACUGGUUCAGAAAAGAACUGCCAAAUUGGGACAUUACAUUUCAGAAUUCCACGUCAAAGACACCAGUACAUGGAGACAAAGAAGUGCCGUUCGUCAACUUCAUUGCGACCAGAGACCCGCCAUGGGCGAAGCCGGGCAAUGUAGCAAGAUUGAACCUGGUCGCGCACUACGACUCGAAGUACUCUCCCGAGGGUUUCAUUGGUGCCAUCGACUCAGCUGCGCCAUGUGCGAUGAUCAUGCACGCUGUGAGGGCGAUCGAUGAAGCAUUGACGAAAAAGUGGGCUUCUGUGCAGACCGACGACUUCGAUCUCGACUUCGAUGAGCACAAGGGCAUUCAAGUCCUGUUCCUGGACGGUGAGGAGGCAUUCCAGAGGUGGACAGACACCGACAGUAUCUAUGGCGCCCGGGCGCUUGCUGAAGAGUGGGACCAGACCAGACAUCCCGCCAUGAGCACCUACAAAAGCUACCUGGACUCGAUCGAGCUCUUCGUGCUCCUUGACCUCCUUGGCUCGGCAGAAAACCCUCCUAUUCCUUCAUGGCAGCACACUUCGCACUGGUCCUACGUGAACAUGGCGAAGCUUGAAGAAAAACUGCGAAAUCUGAACCUCUACAAGAGUACGACCGGCGCACCCUGGCUUCCCGACAAGGACAAAGACGAAAGUGAUGCCUUCAGAAGUUACGUCAUGCAGGAUGAUCACCUCCCAUUCAUCGCCAGAGGUGUACAAGUCCUACAUCUGAUACCCGGUCGGUUCCCGACAGUCUGGCACAAAAUGUCCGACAACGGGGACAACUUGGAUAUCCCCACGGUAGAAGACUGGGCGUUUCUAACAGCAGCUUUCGCGGCCGAGUACAUGGAACUUGAGGGAUUCUUCGAUGCAGGCGCGAAGCUGAAGCGGGAAGAGGCUAUAAACAGCAAGACAGAAUUAUGA